UUGAGCGUUGUUCCACUACAUUUGCAGCCGAGCUGUCGAAUAGUGACGACGUGCCAGAGAUACUUGCCUGCGCAGAGCCUCGCACAAUCCUUCGUGGCAACGCAUAUACGGCAUAGCCUGGGUAGUCUACUGAGCUACAGAUAACGCAAAAAUGAUGGAAAACAAUCGAGAGAGAAGUUUCAUACCAUUCCUCGCAACCAUGGACAUACUACCUCGAUUCGGCGGCGAGUUCGACUCUGUACCCGUCGAAGAGUGGCUCGAGCGAGCGGGCAACGACGCCAAGAUUUACGAGUGGAGCGCCAAGGAGCUGUUCGUUGCCUGCCAAAGAGCUCUCACCGAUUCGGCGCUUCGCUUCUACAACUCCAACGUGAAGCUCGACUCUUGGGAAAAAUUGAAGGCCGCUCUGAUCGAGAAAUUCGGCCGAUCAGACGGAACAACUUCCGCGUCCUCCUCGUCGGAAAGUAGCAGAAAAACCUCCGCAGCCAGCUCGACGAAGUCUGGCGAGAAAAAUACCAAGCCUAGCUCGACGAGUAAUGGACAAACAAUCCUCGGAUCCUGCUCGACGACGGUUCCUAAAGACACACCUAAUAAUGCACCAUCUAGCACGGUGAAACCCAAAAUCUACCAAUCGGGUGUUAUCACCGUAGAGGACCCUUAUUGCAAUUCAAAAUCUAAGGAAAGCAACAUCGAAGACCCUGUUUAUUUUGCUACGCUUCUAUUUUUGAAAGAUGAACCCGUGAUGAAAAAUUCCCUAAGCGUCAGAAUAGGCGGACUUUAUGGCAAAGCUCGCUUCAGUACCGCCGCCGAGGUCAACAUCAUGCGUCGAGAUUUUUGGCAUAAAAUUCAAAGGAAAAUGAGAAUAUCCGCCGAUCCUCCUUGUUGCUUCGUCCAAGACGGUUGCGGCAAUAAGCACAAACCCGAUGGUCGCGUGCAACUAUCAACGAGAAUAAAUGGACACGCCUAUCAUUUGAAUUAUGUCAUUCUGGAUUUGCUCGGAGCUAUGCCAGAAGAAAUUAUGUUGGGCAUUCCUUUGCUUUCUCUCGCCAACGUCCGCUGGAGUGCUGACAAGAUCCAUCUCACACCUACAGCGGAGUCCAGCCGUUAGUAAUUAUCCUGGCUUCGGAGAAACAAAGCGGCGGUCGAUGUUAUUUUUUUCAGUUGAAGUAAUACUCUGUAACAAUCGUACAAAAAUAUAAUUUUUUACGCUCACAA